GUGAAAUCAAACUUUAUGAAGACAUUUGAACAUUUUUUUUCUCUGCAGGCAUUUCUUCAUCGGAUCCGCCAGAACGCUGUGGACAAAGCCGAGAAGUACAUAACAGAGGAGAAUGUUAAGAUCCUAUUUUCUAACAUUGAAGACAUUCUUGGUGUUCACAAGGAGUUCCUGGCUGCCCUGGAAUUUUGUUUACAACCAGAACCUCAGUCUCAGCAUGAACUGGGAAAUGUUUUCUUAAAAUUUAAAGACAAGUUCUUUGUGUAUGAGGAGUACUGUAGCAACCAUGAGAAAGCGCUCAGACUGCUGAUGGAAUUGAACAAGAUCCCAACAGUGAGAGCAUUCCUCCUGAGUUGCAUGCUUUUGGGAGGCAGAAAGACUACAGACAUUCCACUGGAAGGUUAUCUACUGACUCCAAUUCAGAGAAUUUGCAAAUAUCCACUUCUGCUUAAGGAAUUGGCUAAGAGGACUCCCUCUAAGCAUCCUGAUCACCCAGCUGUCCAGAAUGCACUGCAGGCUAUGAAAACAGUCUGCACAAAUAUCAACGAGACCAAGAGACAGAUGGAGAAACUGGAAGCCCUUGAACAGUUGCAGUCCCACAUUGAAGGAUGGGAGGGGUCAAAUCUGACAGAUAUCUGCACACAGCUCUUGCUCCAAGGAACUCUGUUAAAAAUCUCAGCAGGAAAUAUCCAGGAGAGAAUGUUCUUUCUAUUCGAUAAUCUACUGGUCUAUUGCAAGAGGAAAUCCAGAGUUGCUGGGAAAAAACCAUCUAAACGGACAAAAUCAAUCAAUGGAUCCCUCUAUAUCUUCAGGGGUCGAAUAAAUACAGAAGUCAUGGAGGUGGAGAAUGUAGAAGAUGGAACAGCAGAUUACCACAGCAACGGCUACACAGUGACAAAUGGCUGGAAGAUACACAACACAGCCAAAAACAAGUGGUUUGUCUGUAUGGCCAAGACUGCGGAGGACAAACAGAAAUGGCUGGAUGCUAUAAUCAAGGAAAGAGAGCAGAGAGAGAGUUUGAAAUUGGGAAUGGAGAGGGAUGCGUACGUCAUGAUUGCAGAAAAAGGAGAGAAACUGUACCAAAUGAUGAUGAGCAAGAAAGUGAACCUUAUCAAAGACAGGAGGAGAAAAUUAAGUACUGUUCCCAAGUGCUUUCUUGGCAAUGAGUUUGUAUCAUGGCUCACAGACAUUGGAGAGAUAAGCAAACCAGAGGAAGGGGUCAACCUGGGACAGGCACUGUUGGAAAAUGGAAUUAUUCAUCAUGUUUCAGAUAAGCACCAGUUUAAGAAUGAGCAGGUGAUGUACAGAUUUCGCUAUGAUGAUGGAACAUAUAAGCCAAGAAGUGAGUUGGAAGACAUCGUGUCCAAGGGUGUUCGACUUUACUGCCGACUACACUGCCUGUACACUCCUGUGGUAAAAGACCGUGACUAUCACCUAAAGACCUACAAAUCAGUAAUACCUGCAAGUAAGCUGGUGGAUUGGCUUAUUGCACAGGGAGACUGUCAGACUCGAGAGGAAGCUGUUGCACUGGGGGUUGGACUCUGCAAUAAUGGUUUCAUGCAUCAUGUCCUGGAGAAAAGUGAAUUUAAGGAUGAAUCCUUGUAUUUCCGCUUUUAUGCUGAUGAAGAGAUGGAAGGCACCAGUUCCAAGAGCAAACAAUUACGUAAUGACUUUAAGCUUGUGGAAAACAUCCUGGGAAAGGGUCUUCUGAUUUUACCUGAGGAGGAUGACUAUGGAUUUGACAUAGAAGAAAAGAACAAAGCAGUUGUGGUGAAGUCAGUUCGAAGAGGGUCUUCUGCAGAGAUGGCUGGCCUGCAGGCAGGAAGAAAAAUCUAUUCCAUCAAUGAGGACUUAGUUUUCCUACGCCCAUUUACAGAAGUGGAAACCAUUUUAAACCAGUCCUUCUGCUCACGAAGACCACUUAGGCUUCUGGUAGCCAUCAAAUCAAAAGAGAUCAUUAAAAUCCCAGAUUGUCCUGAAGCACUUUGCUUUCAGAUACGGGGAGCAGCACCACCAUACGUUCAUGCAGUAGGAAGAGGUUCUGAGGCUGCAGCUGUAGGCCUUCAUCCAGGACAAUGCAUUUUGAAAGUCAAUGGGAGUAAUGCAUCACAUGGAAAUUAUAUGGAUGUUCUGGAGCACUUUACAGCAUACAGGACCAAACAACAGGAAGUGCUGGGAUUGUACCAGUGGGUGUACAGAACACAUGAAGAUGCUGAGGAGGACAGAGUUCAGCAAGCAGCAUCCAGUGCAUAUCUAAAUGGCAGUCAUCCAGGGUCCAACAAAGAAGACUCUUCACUGACAGGAGAUGAAGAUUUGGAUCCACUUCAAAAUAUCCACCAGGAAUCAGCCCAGAUACAACAGACCAUCAGCUCUCCACUGAUAAGUGGUGAAGAAACACCUCUCAUUAGCCUGACUGUGGAUAACACUCACCUGGAGCAUGGGGUGGUAUAUGAAUAUGUCAGCAGUGCAGGAAUCAAAUCCUUUGUCCUAGAGAAAAUUGUGGAACCAAAAGGUUGCUUCUGUCUCACGGCAAAGAUUUUAGAGGCCUUUGCUGCAGAAGACAAUCACUUUGUAAGGAAUUGCAAAAGGCUCAUAUCCCUAAGCAGUGCUGUGGCCACCAUGCCCCAGUAUGAGUUCCGGCAGAUCUGUGACACUAAGCUGGAAAGCAUUAGCAGGCGGCUUGCAAACUACCAAGAGUUUGCAGAUGGAUUAAAGACAAAGGUGAGCCCAGCCUUCAAACAAGCCAUCAUGGAACCACAUUCCCUCAACAGCAUGGAUUUCUGCCCCACCAACUGCCAUAUUAACCUCAUGGAGGUGUCAUACCCCAAAAACACUACCUCAGCAGGGAGGUCGUUCAGCAUUCGCAUUGGACGAAAGCCUUCUAUUAUUGGUCUUGAUCCAGAACAAGUAGGUACCGUAAAUCCAGUCUCAUAUACUCAACAUUGCAUCACCACUAUGGCUGCACCAUCCUGGAGAUGUCUGACCCCAGAAGAUGGAGAUCUUGAUGGUAGUUUUGGCCAGCAGAAUGGAGGAACAAGUCAGGAAGAAAGGGGACUCAGUUUUCUGCUCAAACAGGAAGAUCGAGAGAUACAGGACUCAUACUUGCACCUUUUUAACAAACUUGACAUUGCAGUGAAGGAAAUGAAGCAAUACGUCGUUCAGAUAAAUAAACUUCUGUCCACCAUAACAGAACCUACAGAAGCUGGUGUCUGUGAGCCACCAUCCACUGAGGAGUCGUCUCCACCUUCUCUGGGAACAGAAGAGAGUGAUCCUGAGAAAGCUGAGCAUGGUGGCAUCAAGAAGGUCUGUUUCAAAGUUUCUGAGGAGGACCAGGAAGACUCUGGACAUGACACAAUGAGUUUCAGAGACUCCUACAGUGAAUGUAACAGCAACCGGGAUUCAGUGCUGUCUUACACCAGUGUACGGAGUAAUAGCUCUUACUUGGGCAGUGAUGAGAUGGGAUCAGGAGAUGAGCUUCCCAGUGAUAUGAGGAUUCCUUUAGACAAACAAGACAAACUUCAUGGCUGCCUGGAGCAUCUUUUUAACCAGGUUGAUGCAAUUAAUGCACUUCUAAAAGGACCAGCAAUAACUAAAGCCUUUGAAGAAACCAAGCACUUUCCAAUGGACCACAGUUUGCAAGAAUUUAAACAGAAGGAAGAAACCACAGUGAGAUGCCGGAAUAAUAUUCAAGCCAGCAUUCAAGAAGAUCCAUGGAACCUUCCAUUGCGCAUCAAAAACCUUGUUGAAAUCAUACAAAAAUAUGUGGAAGAUGGGAAGAAUCAACUGCUUUUGGCCUUGUUAAAAUGCACGGAUACUGAGCUACAGCUGAGGCGAGAUUCCAUCUUCUGCCAAUCUCUUGUGGCUGCCAUUUGCACCUUUUCAGAGCAGUUACUGGCUGCUCUCAACUAUCGAUACAACAACAAUGGGGAAUAUGAAGAGAGCAGCAGAGACGCCAGUAGAAAAUGGCUGGAACAGAUAGCAGCCACUGGUGUUUUAUUAAACUACCAGUCCCUGCUCUCCCCUGCUGUGGUAAGAUGAAGAGUUAUGGCACCCUGGG